AUGCGAAAGUUAUCUGUUCCCCAGUCCACAACACCUUCCCACAAGUACUCCCGGCUGGGCUCCAGGUCGAGUUUGGCCCGUAUAAGUCGAACCAACACCAACGCAGACUCCGCCUACAAUCCGCCGUCUACUUUCGACAACCAGAGCUUGCGCACGCUUGAUCAUAUUCCCAGCGCCAAACCCAGUGUUUCGUAUCUGGACAAAUUAUGGACCCAAAUUGACGUGUUGGACGAUGUCCGGAAGAUGGCGAGCGACGUAAGAGAAAGAGGUUCGUUUUUCAACGAAAAAUUCAACAGUGAAUUGGAAGCCAUGAAGACACUGCAGGACAGAUUGAUCGACAUUAUGGCUUCACAGGACUUUGAUCUGAAUCUACAACAGGAGCGCUUCAGGGUUGAGCCUAACACCACCGACAAGCUUGACUCAAGUCUUUUCUCGUUUUUUGACAACGAGGGUCAGGACCGUCAGCACGUAUUAUACAAGAAAGAAAACUUUGACGAAAUGAACAAUUAUGUCCACGACAUCAAGGUACAGCUACAAAGAGUGGGGGAGGCCAUGGAGGACUUUAAUGGCGUUACUUCAGAGCAAUAA